CAGGAAUGAAGAUUUCAACAACGCCGUACAGAUUUUCGGUGCUAACCCUCAAAGGCUGGGACAGCGAAAGAGAGUAUGAAAAUGUAGGGUCAUAAUAACAGGACGUUGCGCAACGAGAGGAAUCGAGGUUCUUCGUAACACAUGAAGAGGAACAUGUACAGUAAACUUUUUUUGCACAGAUCAUGUUUGUUGACAUCACUAGACAGUCGUGACAAAUAGAUGAAUAGACACCACGACUACGAGGAUUGAAGAUGAAAAGAGCAUGAUCUUUCGCAAUCAUCUAGCCUGCCAUGCUGCACAGACUUCCUUCAAGAAGUUUCAGCUGUUGAGUUGCAUCACGAGUAGACAGAAAGAAAGGUAUUCAUCUGCAACAAUGAUGAUUAUCUACGAGCUGAGAGAGUUUUUAGCAUCAAAAACAGUUGUACUUGUACGAUAGGUUUUAUCUCCGACGAAGUUUUUAUUCUUCUUCUUGUGUUCCGCACGGACUGAAGAAGCCUGAACGAGAGGUGCUAUAACGAGUAGUUAUGACCACAUCAGCAUGCAAUCGCAUCACUUGAGUUAUUUGUCCACCAUGUGAUGGUCCCUGCUUUACAUAACUACAGGUGUUGGCACGAUGAGUUGAGCCUUGACCCCCUCCUCUAUCUUUCUCCACUUUUCAGUAAUCGCAUCUACAUUUUUGGACCAUUUUUGACUUCUAUCAUUCGCGGCGACGAACCCAUCACCGGAUUGACCGUUUCUUAGUGUUUGUUGCUAGAUCUGCAUCUCUGAAUCUUAUUAUCUCCAUGAUCUAGAUCUAUGUUGAUUCUUCGCAAUAUCUUGUACGUAGAAAAAUAACGAAGUUGAUGAUGACAAAAUGACCCUAACUUACAAGGGAGCACGAACAAGUAUUCAGGAUAGUACAAGAACGUCCACAACCAAGGCCGAUUGUACCACGACGAUGCUGACGUCUUCAGGGUGCUGUAAGAUGGACAAAGCUCCUCCCACGAGGAAGAAAGACACGAGGACGUUGACGCCUUCAGUGGACUACGUCAUUCUCUCGCACCUCCAUCAAUCCGCGCGAAAAAUUGUAGCUUCUUUCUGGACGAAGCCAACCAAGAUAUGUCCUACCAGGUUGCGAACAUCAAAGUGUCCCUCUAGUAUCAGAGGAACAAAAGGAGCUCACCACAAGAGCAAUGGAGGCAGACGAGGAGACCUUCACUCAAGCCUAUUGGAGCAGCUUCUGGGUGCUACUCUAGAUAACGAAAAGAGAGGCGAAGACUAUUUCGCACUGGAGAAGACUGCGCCUAGACCUCCUCCGAUGCUAUCGUGCACGCGCGUGCAAACGAUGCCUAUCGACGAGGAAGGACGUGAAAUCGUUUGGUAUAGGUGGGAAAAGGACGCAAGGGACCUGAACAGGCUGAACAAUAGAGAUGAAACCAACAAGGUGAAUGUUAUGGAGCAGAGUGUUAUUAAGGAGAAGGAGAAGGUGUUUGUCGUUUUUAACGGUCUAGGCGGACAUGCGCGAGCCGUCAAUGUCGCCUCCCUGGUAGAGGUACUUUUUACUGCUGCAUUCUCGAACAACUCGAACAACUCAGAAGAACCAGCAAGUAAAAAAAAUACCAUCACCUCCCCCACGACGACGACUAGUAGGCAGCGUAUGCUGGUUUACACUGUCGAUUACCCCGGUCAUGGUGUCGCUGGUGGCAUUGCCCGCGGCUUAUUGGAGUACCCCCUUCUAGGGGACGUUGCAUUGAUCGUGACGGCACAAGUGCAAGCGUGGCAUCUAGGGUGUGAUUUGCAUAUGGCAUCAAUGAGCUUUGGAAGCGCACUCGCGUUACAUUUGGCCUCUGAGUACGGGCUGUGCUCGAAAAGAGGACAAAUGGAGGACGAGGAUGACGAUUUUGUCAAGAUAAAAGCAAACAACAACUCAUUGGACGAGGACCAUGAGCAGUUAAAGAAUAAGGCGGAGAAACCUACUGGAGAUAUCAUGUUGAACAAGACGAGCCUUGAGGAGGAGGAACAAAACAACGACAUCGGUGGAGAGGAAAAUGCUCCUGCGAAAGCCGAGAUUUCACCUUUUUUGAAAUCCCUCAUUGCAUCCAGACGAAAGUGCAAGACCCAAAUUUUCAAUGGCUCCGACCAGCACCUCAGCUUGGAAGAUAUUCUCGAGAAUCCCAGUGAGACUCUCCGCAUUCGAGGUAUGAUCCUAACCGCGCCACUAGUUUCGAUCCACACUAUGAAGAGUUUGCCGCCUAUUGGAGUGAGGCUUCUCGCCUGGGCUUUCCAGCAAGCCCCUUUAGCAGGUAUUGACGUCCAAAACCCGCAAGACUUCGAAAAUUCGAUCGCCGCGACAAUGACGGACAUGAAGAAACAAGAUGAGUGCCGACAAGAUGCUCUACAAUUCAAAGGUGCGACUCGCGCAGGCACAGCUCAUACUGCGAUUCAACUCGUACGCCACAACUUUGAGAAAGCCCCUUCGAGAUUAAGAUUACCCUGUCUCGUUUUCGUUCCCGAGGACGAUCUCCUGGUGGAUGACAAAGCUGUGAAACCGUUUUUUGACACUGUAAUCAAGCAAAAUCCCGCAAUGCGCAAGCGAGUGCAGAUAUGCUCCUUGAAAAACGUGAAGCAUUCUAUGUUUUGCGAAACAAAAGAGGACAUGGCACAAACAACAAUACCAGUUCUGGCUGGUUGGCUUGCGUCUUUUAGAUAAAGAAUAAGGUGAUCGAGAUAUGGAUGAGCGCAAUUUUUUUUUUUGAUGAUACACUGCAUAUAAUUAUUUUUGAUGAUACAGUGAUUGUUUAGAGGAUAAGAAAUUAGCAUGUUCUUGAAGAUCAUCAUGUCAAUCAUGUCUUCUUGUCUGUUAGAUAUUAUGCAGAUGUUGAUCUUGGUGAUGAAAUAACUACCGAAUGGAAUCGAGGAUGAACAGGUACUACUAGUCACGCUUCGUUCGAUCGUCGAUGUGGAUAUGAUCGUGUACGACUAGGCAUAUGUAAAUUUUUGAAUUACCUUUACCAGAUGUUGAUGUUCACAGAAAAAUCAUCAUCGUCGUACAUAGAUAAGUGAGUAACAAUUUAUUGGAAAAAAUUAUAGUUGUCCCAGCAUAUGCAUAUCCUGAUGCUCAUGAAUAGAUUUUGAUUUUGUUUUUGAUCAUACAGGCUCCAGAUGAAAAAGCUUGCUGAGCGAUUGUCAAGUCUACAAUUGGCCCGUCCUUGAAAUGAAUCCAUAGUCAUGACUCCUAUGAUGUUAUUGGUAGAUAUUAGUAGGUUGAAUUGUAAGUUUCAGAUCGCCGGUCAUCUGCCCAUGUGUGAAAUAAGAAAAUUGAUGUUGUAAUAAAGUGUUGUUAAAUAGCAUUUCAGUCUUAGCCUGGGACCGCUAUUACUCGUAAAGAAAAGGCCGCCCCGGGUCAUCACUAGAAAUUGUGAUCUUUUUACCUAUCUUGUCACAGGCUCAGGCUUCUACGUCAUUAUCAUGACGAUCACCGAAAGAGAACAAAGCAUAAAAGUGGAGAAACUGAAACACCACGUCAAGUGGAUCAUACACAUCAAGUGGAUCU